AUGAAACUACAAGUGCGUCAGAAAGCAGUUCCGUCCGUCAUGAAUGUGGCCAAGUGCUGCAAAGAGCAAAACGUGUCAUCCACCUGUAUGGACGCGUGCACUUUGUUUUUGGGCAUUGAGAGCGUCAUUGACAGGCCGGAGUGCAUCGGUGAUUUUCACAACCUCAUUCCAUGCGCAGCUGAUGUCUCAGAUCAUCGUGGUUGCUGUACCCAAUGGGGCGUACCUCAGCGUUGCUUGGACUGGUGCCGAGGUGAAGCAGUUACCAGCAUUGAACUGUGCGCCCUCAUGUAAACAAAAACUAUCAUUUUUUGUUUCCACGAAG